AUGAAUAUCAAAACAAUAUUUUUAUUAAGUGCGUUAUGGUUGGCCCAGUGCAGAGCCAGAGCCGACGACCAAUGUCAGCUAAUCGAGCGGAGCAAAUCAAAUAAAUAUACACUACUCGAUGAUGAUUGCUGGGAACUCUUGUUGGAGGGCGAAUGGCUGGUGGGCUUCUGUGCUCCAUUCAGCAUUCCCUGUGUGACGUUCGAUCGCGUGUGGACGAAGCUGGCCUUGGAGCUGGAGCGGGAGAACUGCAGCGUGCUGGUGGCCAGCAUGAAGCCGGAGUACACCGAGAUUGUCAUCAGACGCUACUCGCUGAGCAAGCUGCCCAGCAUACUGCAUGUGAAGGAUGGGGUCUUUCGGAAUCUUCCCGUGUCCUAUGACUUGCAGGAGCUGAAGCAGGUGGCCUAUUGGAAAUGGAACGCUACGAUGCCGAUGCCAUUCUGGCAGGACCCGAAGGGACUCGCCAUCAACGCCUUCAUUGCCUAUAUCAGGGCCAUCGAGCACAUCUACUAUGCGGACUGGUGCACCAUGGACUACGAGCGCGUCACUUGGCUGGUGCGCAUUGGCAUUCUGCUGGUAUGCUGCAUGUUCCUGACUCUCAUAUGCAAUAGCCUUGGUUAUCUUUGGUGCAAAUGCGCUGCGGCCAGGAAGGCCAAGAAAUUGCUGCCCGAGCCAGAUGAGAAAACUAAGCAGUCAACGCUAGUUGAGGAGCAGCCCGGCGAGCCAAUCAUUUGCAUUUGA